AUGCAAAAGAUUCUUCGUAUAAACCUGCUCUCUCGCAAUCAAGCGUUGAAAGCCACCAGGAGAAAAGAGCUCAAAAAAUUAAAGCAAGACUGGUCAGAAUUUGAACAACGCCGCAUAGCGGUGGAGAAGACAAAUCGAGAAUCCAUCAAAACCGAGCGGAAACACCGCAGGGAGGACUGGAUUGCGGGGCCGCUGGCACCCAAACAUGAUGUUGGCGAGAAAGCAGAAUUAUACGGCACUGUUGAUACUAGCCUGCUCCAGACUGGUAAAUACCCCGAACCCUUAAGGCGGGGACCCAAAGGAAAUGGCUGGGACCCCGUAGGAAGUGAGGGUCUUGAAGAGGAGCAAAAGGAGUGGGAAGGGGAAGGCAACGAGGGCAAUAUUGUUGAGGGAGAUCGCGUAUGCGUGGUGUAUGGGAAGGAAGACCUGAUCGGCAGAAUCGGCAGAGUCAAGAAUGUCGAUUUGGAGGCAAAGGAGUUGACAAUCGAAAGACUCAACAUGGCCGAUGUAGAAUUCCCCAAGGGAACCCCCGGGCGGGACAGGAUCAAGUUUCAGGGCAUGGAGCUUCCCAUUCCCAUCUCUCAUGUGCGGCUCGUUCACCGGCUGACGGACGAGGAAACCGGCCGCGAUCGCGAUGUCAUUGUCCAAUAUAUCCGAGGUGGUGCACCCUACUUUCAACGCGAAGCCCACUCGCCUCUCCCUCGACAUACGCGAUACAUUGCCGGGGAAGACAUCGAAAUUCCCUGGCCAGAACCAGAAAUACCCUCAUACCAAGCUUGGCCUUCCGACACGAGCCGUUUCGAAGUCGAGCACCAGUCCUUUAUGCCUUCACUGUACUACCCGCCACUUCCACAUCCAGAGAUCUUAAACGAACUGCGCAACGACAAAUAUGCUCGUGACCGUGAGUGGCACGAGGCCGAGUAUACGCGCAUGAAAAUUCUCGAGGACGCCCGCGCCGCCUGGUACCAGCAGCGCAAGUUGCAGUCCCCGAAGGAACAGCUGCGAGAGCAACGCAUCAAGGACGCUUCGCAGAAGACUAAGGAAAUCAAAGAGCGCGGCAUGUCGGACGAGACAAUACGGAUAAUCCGAGAGCUUCAAAUGUCGAAGAAGUCGCGCACAGCCAAGACGUUGGCAGCAUAA